AGUGAAGAGGAAUGUUCAGUCUAAUGGCCAAUUGCUGCAGCUGGCUAAAACGGUGGCAGGAACCUGUCAGGAAGGUGACACUAAUAAUGGUGGGUCUUGAUAAUGCUGGUAAAACUGCUACAGUCCGAGGAAUUCAAGGAGAGUCUCCUGAAGACGUGGCUCCAACAGUUGGAUUUUCCAAGAUUGACCUUAAACAAGGACGCUUUGAAGUCACCAUCUUUGAUUUAGGAGGUGGAAAACGAAUUCGAAAUAUCUGGAGAAAUUACUAUGCUGAGUCCUACGGUGUAAUAUUUGUUGUAGAUUCCAGUGACAUUGCAAGAAUGGAAGAAACAAAGCAAGCCAUGACAGAAGUUUUAAACAGCCCUAAGAUAUCAGGAAAACCUGUGUUAGUGCUGGCAAAUAAGCAGGACAGAGAAGGAGCUCUGUCAGAAGCAGAUGUAAUCGAGUCCUUAUCUCUGGAAAAGCUUGUCAAUGAACACAAGUGUCUAUGUCAAAUUGAACCUUGCUCAGCUGUCAUGGGCUGUGGGAAAAAAAUUGAUAAGUCAAUAAAAAAGGGAUUAUACUGGCUUCUACAUAUCAUAGCAAAAGAUUUUGAUGCCUUAAAUGAGCGCAUCCAAAGAGACACUACAGAACAAAAAGCAUAUGAAGAACAAAAGAAACUAGAACGAGCUGAGCGAGUGAGGAGGAUACGAGAAGAAAGGGAAAGAGAAGAAGGAAGAAGUGUACAUGAUGAGGAAGACCCUGAGCCUGGGAACUCUGAAAACCCCUUCCAGCCUAUAUCUGCUGUAAUCUCUGAGAAUGAAAAACAAAUUGAAAAGGAAAAGAAGCGGCAAAGGUUGGAGACUGAAAAGGCUACGAUUGUCUUGAAAUCGCAAACAGAGCAGGAACAAAUGGAUGCCCAGCACUUAUCAAGUAGCAGUAGCCAAAACACAAAUGAUAGUAGACUAGAAACGUGCAAUUCUACAACUACACAGCUUUUGCAGCAUGAAGAAGAGAAUGAGCAGCAAGUCUCAGAAUGCCUUGACUCAGAUAACAGUAAGAAAAAAAGUAAAAAACCAAAAUUAAAAAGGGGCCACAGAGUAGAACCUGUUAAUGCAGAGGACACUGUUCCCAAAAAUCCUACACCACCACCAGCUCUUCCACCAGUUGGCUGGGGAACUCCCAAACUUAAUAGACUUCGAAAACUUGAGCCUCUUGGUGAAACACAUCAUGCUGAUUUCUAUGGAAAGCCUCUGCCCCCGCUGACUAUACGCCAAAGACCCAACAGUGAUACCCAUGAUGUCAUUGCUUAACUGGAUCACAAAUAGCAUUUAAAAAACAAAAUCAAAAAAUUAUAUCAGAAACAUUUUUUGCCCUUGAAGGAAAAUUUUGAAAAUGACACACUUAUCAGCUUGUUUCAAAAUAACUUGAUGACAAUUAAACAUGGAGUUCAUUCUAUCGUACUUAGUUGAUCAGACUUUGUCAUUUACUUUUCACAUCACCAGCUCUUCUUCAGGAUUUAGCAUGAAACCAAGAAAGGUCUAUGUGUCUGUGGAUGUUCAUAUGAACAUGGUAUUGAAUAUUUAUUGGGUUUACUGGUGAAAAUACAUAGCUGUAAACCUGAAGAAAAAUACCUUCAAGAUCACAUAAUACUGGACUGUACGUUCUCACCAAGACCUUUCUCCAGGUGCUGCGCAGUGGUUGGUAUUUUUGCAGCUAAUAAAUGAUUCUAAAGCAUUUUGUAAGAUUCAUGUAUGAUAGGGUGAAUAUAGGAAGGUUAUGCAACAAAUAUUGAGUAUAUUUUUCUAACUUUUUAUAAAAUUAUUUGAAAGUGUGAGCAGACACACAUACCUACUACAAAUAAAAUGAUACCUAGAAAGCAUUAGAAAGCUGAUAGUCAAAUGCAUACAAAUAGAGUAUGUUUGACUCUUACAUUUCUCUUACAUUUCUCUUACAGUAGCAAUACCUCUUAUUAGGCAUUACAUUACCAGAUGCAUAUUUCAUACUUCUGGCAAU